AUGGCAUUUGAGUAUAGUCCAGUUAUUCCCAGUGGGGAGGUAUUGGGGCUGCUGGUAUGGACCCUGAUUGCUGGAACAGAAUACUUUCUAUAUCCAGCCUUCGGCUGGGUGAUGUUUGUAGCUGUGUUUUACUGGGUUCUCACCGUCUUCUUUCUGAUCAUCUACAUGACAAUGACUUACACCAGGAUCCCCCAGGUGCCCUGGACCACGGUGGGUCUGUGUUUUAAUGGAAGUGCCUUCAUUUUGUACCUCAUUGCUGCCAUCGUAGAUGCAUCUUCAGUUACCAAAGAACUGGACAGUCACAAUUACAACAGCUGGGCAGCUUCUUCAUUCUUUGCCUUCAUGGUUACCUCCUGCUAUGCUGGAAAUACGUAUUUUAGCUUUAUAUCUUGGCGAUCACGAACUUUGCAGUGAAUAUUUUGUUAAAAUGAAUUCUGUAGUACAAAAUAUCUGAGGAUUAUACUCUUUUGAUAAAAGCUUGGAAGAGGGAUGAGGUCUUUUUGAACAUUUCUGUUAGAAUUGACACUAUAUUUUAAGCUGAGAUUAAAGUAAUUAUUUAUAAUACAAUAUCAUCUUUAGAGACAUCUAACACCAACUUUGUACUGUAUAAUAAAAUUUCGUACUGCUUCUUUUAAAAUUAACAUGGUAUUUUUCUAGACAUUGUAUAGAUGUUAUUAAAGCUUUAAUAAAUCUUACUCAGACAAUGUGCCAAUUUUGUAAAUGUAACUUUUUAAAUGUUACAGGUAUACUUUUGAUACUGAAUGCUACAAAUCAAAGCUAAGAUUGAUACUGUCUCAUUAUUAUGUAUAAAAAGUGACAUUGUGCAGAAAAAACCCACGCUUUAAAAAUAAAUAAAUAAUUGACCCAACUGU